UUCUUUGUGCUGUAUAAAAAGCACAGCUGACACAGACGAUCUCAGAGCCUCCUGCUGCAUGAUGUCAGGUUUUAAAGCACAGUUAAGGGCAGUUCACGGAAAAGUCGGAUCAUGUCUACAGUGAACAAAGAAGGACAAGAGCCUGCAGUCCUACUCAACUUCCUGUCCAAACUUGGACUGAAGAAAUUUUAUCCCAACAAGCUCACUCUUCGGUCGCUCUUGGAGAUUAACAAAAACAGCAUAUAUGAAGAAGCAGUUCUAUCAGUGGAGGAAAUACCAUGGUGCUUCCUCAGAAAACUAUUUAAAAUCAAUGCAGAAUGCAGGAACUUAACACAACUAUCGAACAAUUACGAUGAAAACAAUGACCUCUUUGACCUGGACCUUUACACUGCAGAUGAUUCUGCAGAUGAUAAUGAGGUCAACCCUCUCGACCUCAUAGUGGCACUCUUUCUUUGUGCUGACAGCUUCUUGCAACAGGAAAUGGCCCUGAAGAUGUCAAUGUGUCAGUUUUCUGUCCCAUUCAUGUUGCCCCAUGGCAAUAACAGCCAGUGUACCCUGAUGCUGUGGGCUCUGAGGGACAUCGUCAAAGAGUGGUGUCCACAUGCUUUGUCUGAAUCAAGAGGCUUUGUUGAAGAUAACAUUGUCCAAGCAAAUAUACCAUUCUAUUCAUUUGUGAGGCUGAAACACUGCAGUUUAUCCAAGUCCCAGAUUUUGAAUCAUGUUCUCAGUCGUGGCCAACAGAAUCACAACAUCUUCAUACACAGAGAUGUGGAAGGAGGGUCACUUGACAGAAGGAUUGCAAAUGGUUUGGUCGAGGUUUGCUGGUACCUUCCUUGUGGAAGAGAAAAUCUUGACAUAUUUCCAGAGCCAGUUGCCUUUGCCAAUUUGCGAGGAGACAUUUAUGAAUCACUCGCGCAGUUCACUUUCCUUUUUCAAGUGUCAACUGCUACCUUUGUAUUCCUGGACAAAGUUGAAGAAAAUGAGCAUAAGAUUCUGACUUCUCUUCCAGAAGCAAGCUCCAAACUGUUCUUGGUUGUUAACCCCAAGGCAGAGAAUAAAAUGGACAUGAUGUCUGUGAAGAAAACAUGUCAGGAUUUAGAUUUACCACAGACCAAGGUCAAAAUCAAAGACUCAAGAGUAAAUGUAGCAGAGUUUUCAAAGAAACUUUGUGCAGCCAUCAAGGCAUCCCUGUUUGAUGUCAAAACCACAAUCAGCAUUGUGAAUAUGGUUGGCAAAGCAGUUGAACUCGGUCUGUCUGUGGAUGAAAGCAAAAGCGCCAAACAAAUGAAAGUAGCUGAUGAGAUCAUGGACGGCAUCGGGGUGCGAAGUAUCUCUCACUACAAGAAACAGCAACUUCCUCUGCAAGGAGAUAACUGGAAAAGGUUAUCGCUGUUAGAGAAGAAGGAAUGCAGGAUGAAGGUAAGCAGUACCUCAGGCCUUGAAGAGUAUAAAUCUCAGCUACAGGCAGAAAAACAAAAACUCAGGGAGGAGCAACGCAAACAAAAACUUUCGAAAGGAAUGAAGAGUUUUAUUGAAAACUUAUCCACAAACGACAAAGAGAAAAGAGAUUUUUUCCUCAAGUCGAUGAAAUUCAAGUUUAAUACACAUUCUCGGGACAAACUUAGUGUGCUGCGUAGCAAAUUCAAAGAGCAAUGCAAGAGGAAAGAUGCUAAACUGAUUGCAGAGUUGGAUCAGGCUUUGCUGGAUAGCUCUUUAGGAACAGAGCAUUACAUGAGAGAGAUGGGACUGAUCUAUGAGGUUUUCUUGCAGUCAGAAGAAAGUGCAGAUGAAAUGUCUCACCUCCCUGCUUUGGCUGCUGAAAUGCUCUUGGAUGGAUAUCCUUUAGAGCUCUUGGAUGGAGAUGCUUCCAACGUCCCAGAGAGAUGGGUGACAGAUGUGCUGAUGGAGCUUCACAAGAUGGUCGGAGAGAAGAGCAGACUGUUGGUGCUGACUGUGUUGGGCGUUCAAAGUACCGGGAAGUCGACGCUCCUCAACACCAUGUUUGGUGUGCAGUUUCCUGUCAGCAGUGGCAGAUGCACAAGAGGAGCUUUCAUGCUCUUCCUCAAAGUUGGAGAGGAUAUAAAAAGGGACUUGAAUUUUGACUUUAUAAUUCUGAUUGACACAGAGGGUCUAAAGUCUCCUGAACUGGCACAACUAGAGGACAGUUAUGAGCAUGACAACCAGCUGGCAACCUUUGUCAUUGGUUUAAGCGAUGUCACCAUUAUAAACAUCGCAAUGGAGAACGCCAUUGAAAUGAAAGAUGUCCUGCAGAUCGCAGCUCAUGCAUUCUUGAGAAUGAAACAAAUUGGUAAAAAGCCAGUUUGCCAUUUUGUGCACCAGAAUGUUGCUGGAGUUUCAGCUCACGCAAAGAGCAUGACUGAAAGGAAACAUCUCUUGGACCAGCUCAAUGAAAUGACUCAAAUUGCAGCUGAAAUGGAAAGGCAGCCUUCCAUACAGGCAUUCACAGAUGUGCUAGACUAUGACAUGGAGCAAAACAACUGGAACAUCCCAGGACUCUGGCAUGGGACCCCACCAAUGGCACCAGUAAACACAGGUUACAGUGAAGCUGUAGCCGAGUUCAAGAGAAACCUUUUGGUGACACUGAAAAGAGACAGAAGCAGUGAAGCCUCACAGAUCCCAGAGUUUCUGGAAUGGAUGAGAAGUCUGUGGAAAGCAGUAAAAUAUGAGAACUUCAUCUUUAGUUUCAGAAACACUCUUGUUGCUCAUGCAUACAACAAUCUUUGCAAAGAGUUCAAUCAAUGGGAAUGGGAGUUCAGGAGAGAGAUCCUCUCCUGGCUAAAAGAAGCAGAGUUAGAAAUCUUAAAUACUGACAAUGAAUCUCAGAUGGAAACUUGGAAUAGACUGGUCACAUCAAAAAAAUCAGAGGUGCCCGAUAAAAUAGAACUCCAACAAAAAAUAAUAAAGGAGAAGCUCUGUGCAUACUACAAAAGGAAAGACAGACAUGUAAAUCUGAUAGAGAAAUACAAAACUGACUUUCUCAACAGUAUCAACAGUCUUGCAAAUGAGAUCAAGCGUUUAGCGUGUACUAAACUGGACUGUGUGCUUGAGCUAAAAAUAGGUUUAAAAAAGGCUCAGGACAUACAGAGGAAAUACAGAGAUGUGAUUGAAGAGCAAGUCAUGAAGCUCCUGACCGACUGCAAAGACUCCAGACUGCCAGAUGAACAGGUGACGCAGGAGUUUGAAAAGAUGUGGGCGAAAGCCACUGAAAAUCUACCUGGUCUGACAGAACGAGACGUGUCUGCAUGCAUCCUCAACCAACUGAGAAAACAUUUCUCAAAUCACAAUGCAAAUGAGAAAUUGCAAAAUAUUGAUGAGCUAAGUAAAAUGGGUAAGGAUCAAUUUAAGAUCAGAUGGAAUCAUACUGACUGCUUUGUGAAGAAGUUUCUUUGGAGUGCAGAUUUACAGAGCUUUGCAGACAACAUCAUUGAGACUUCCACACAGUUUAUUCUUGAUAAAAUGAAUACAAAUGAAGAUUACCAUGAAUCCUUCACAAGAGACCUUCUGGAACAGAUGGAUGAAAGCCUACAACAUGGCUACACGCACUACAACACAAAUGCGCAGUUUGAGAUAGACCUGAAACUUCACAUCUGUGGCAUUGCCUCGAGGGAAUUCCUGAAAAUGCACCGGAAAUUCAUUUCAGACAAUGACUCUCGAAAUCAGCUGGAGAAGUACAAGCCUCAGUACUUAUCAGACUUUCUGGAUUUAUACAAACAGAGAGAUCACUGCCAGCGCAAAGCAGCUGAGUUCGUCAGAUGCUGUAUCAAACCUGCUGUUGAGGAGUACAUCCGCAGAUUUCUGGGGAUAAACAUUGUGGAUGAAAUUGUGACAAGUUCGAGUUCAGCAGAGUACAGUUCCCGCUCCCUCUUCCAGUACAACAUUCAGAAAGAGUUGCUGCAGAAUGACGACUUCAACAGCUUUGUCAAGUACAUUAGUAAGUAUGAGAUCUAUGUUAAGGAUUGGAUAUUUCAGCACAUCUUGCAAAAAAUGUCAGAGGACAAAGCUUUGUGCAAGCUGAAAAAUAAGCAACUGCAGGUCAUCGUUAAAAAAAUAAUAGAAGCAACAGAACGAGCCUCAAAAGGAGUGGAUGGCGUUCUGCUGCCAGAUACCCAGCGAAGCAUCACUGAGCUCAUCACCAAGAUGCGCAUAUAUCUGAUUAAAGACAUCUCACUUUCAGUGGAGGCUGAAAGACGUACCUUGUUUCAAAUCCAAAGUACAUGCCACCCGUUUAUCAACAGCCUCAAGACCUCAAUAGAAGACUUACAAAAACAGCUUCAGGAGGAAUUCUCCAGCUCAGACAACAUCACCCAGACUCUGAACAAGCUCCCUAAUAAACCACAAGAUGAACUUUUUAGGCGGGUGUUUGGCUGUGGACAAAAAUGUCCAUUUUGUAAAGUCCCUUGUGAGGCUGGAGGCAAAAAACACAAGCUACAUCAUGCAUCUGUUCAUCGGCCACAAGGUCUUGGUAGUUAUCGGAAUAUAGACAGUCAGAAGCUGGUCGAAACACUGUGUACAACGUCUGUGUACGGUGAACGCGUCUUCAGAAACACAGACACUAAAGAGGAGUGGCAUCCUUACAAGGAGUACACCACGUACUAUCCAGACUGGCACAUUCCUCCCGACCCCUCCAUAGAGGCAUCUGACUACUGGAAGUACGUCCUGGUAAAAUACAAUGACAGAUUUGCUAAAGAGUACAAAGCCAAUCCAGCUGAUGUUCCAGAGGCCUGGAGGUGCAUCACGAAGGAACAAGCACUGAAAGGCUUAAAAGUUGCCUUCAACAUUAAAUGAACAAUCGACAGAAGACUCCUAAAGAAUGUGAAACAUGAAGGAACAUUACUAGAAAUCAUUUAGUAACUGUAUAAUAAAGACGGAUCAAUCCUGUUUAAAAAUCAGCAAACUAGGCUGAACAAGUGUCCCACAAAACUUGAAGAUGAGGCGUAAAGUAUUUUUCCAGCCGAGUUCGAGAUCAUUAAAAUGUGUCAGAUGUUGUGAAACUGCAUUCAGUGUAAAUAUAAUUUCAGUUUGACAGAAUGCAGGAUGAGGUGUUUUAUUUUUGAAAUGUAUUCUGACGUGAUUCUUCUCUGAACUUCUGACGUACAGAUACUUUAUUUUAGAGAAAUGACAGUUGAACAAGUUGCACAGACAUUUUUAUUUUUAAUGGUUACCUGCAUGAUUCUUUUCACACAGAAAAGUAAAUUGAUAUGUUUGAUAACAGUCUACAGAUUACAGAUUUGUCAUAUUGAUGCAAAUCAUUUCUUAGUUGAUGUGUAAAUAAAGGACAGAGCAGAGUGGGAAAACUUUGCUGCACAUGUGAUGUGUUGUGAUGUGUUAAGGCCAUGAACAAAGUGGAAUCAGUGAAUUUAUGUCACACUUGUCUUUUUCCUUCAUGUUUCUCUUCCUCAUUAUUAGUAUUUCAUGAUUAAGAGUUAGUUAACUCUCAUUAUUUCUGGUGCAUUAUUAUUUUAUCUCACUUUGGGCAGCCCUGUUCUAAACUCUCAAAAUGAAUGAGAGAGAAAUAGUUUUUUUUUGUCUGACUUAAACAUGUUUUAAACCGUCUUUUUAUUUUUACAAAUGUGCUUCUUUAUUCAUGUUGUUACAUCACUUGAUGCAUAAUGAAUAGUGCUCAUGAUAACACUAAUAUGAUUAUGAUGAUAAUGUCAUUACUACUGUAAUAUUUACCAGAUGCAUUUGUAAUCAUUACUUGCCAUAACAUUUUAAAAACAGAGAAAGAUGUAUGUGUAUCACCAAUAUUUAAAUAAAAAGUCAUGUAACUUUAAAUAAAGUCU